UGAUAAGAACACAUAAACUGGGAGGUGAUCGGUCUUAUCAGUUCACAUAUUUUCGGAAUAUUUUCAGCCAUUGGAACGCAUUUUCCAACUCAGCUUUUGUAGAUAAAUGAUAAGUGUAGUUUUCAGUGGUUUCUCUGCAUUGCGGCAAUGUGCAACCAAUCAAAAGUCUACAUAGAAUAGAAAAUGAAGCAUUUGAUGUUGAUAAUCAAUGUUGAUUUUAUUUUAUGUUUGAUGAACUUUCUGUUGCACGUUAAUGGACGUGAACUGUUACACAACGGAUACUAUAGAAAUCGGCAUCGGUAUCAAUAUUACAAUCUUGAUGAUUGCGGACAUGAGAUAAAAUUUGUAGAAAAACAUGACAACAAAAGUAGUAGAAAUAUACCGCAUUACUUGUGCCAAAAUAAAUUCACCUUUAAACACAAACGGCAUGGAUUUCAACAAUUCCAUAAAAACCAGUUUUUUGUGCGUCAUAGCCUCAAUGUUAUAGCAGAAGAACGGAAUAACACCAAACUACCGCAUGUCAUUCAUUGGCCUGUUAAACGCGAAGCAGUUGUAGAAGGGGACCUUAUUCUGGGUGGUCUCAUGAUGGUGCACUCCAGGGAAGACUCAGUAACAUGUGGGCCUAUAAUGCCACAAGGUGGAAUACAGGCCUUAGAAACCAUGUUAUACACACUGGAUAAAAUCAACAUGGAAAAUCUCAUACCCAACGUAACCAUUGGAGCGCAUAUUUUAGACGAUUGCGAUAAGGACACGUAUGGGCUGGAAAUGGCUGUAGAUUUUAUUAAGGGGUCAAUCAGCAAUAUAGACGAAGCGACGGAUUACAACAAUUGCAGCAAAGGACAUAAAAAAAAAGUGAUUUCCGGAGUAGUUGGAGCUGCUUCAUCAGUUACUUCCAUCCAGGUGGCUAAUUUACUACGUCUUUUUAGGAUUCCACAGGUAUCAUAUUUUUCUACAAGUCCAGAAUUGAGCAAUAAACAGAGAUUCGAAUACUUCUCGCGCACUAUACCCUCUGAUCAUUACCAAGUAAAGGCAAUAGUAGACAUCGUGCGAAAGCUUGGUUGGAGCUAUAUAUCCAUAAUAUACGAAGAGAGCAAUUACGGCAUAAAGGCUUUCGAGGAAUUGGACGAUUUACUUACAAAACAUGGUAUUUGUAUAGCUAUUAAGGAAAAGUUGGUUAAAGAUUCAGGCGUAGCGGAGAAGAUCGCAUACGAUCAUAUAGUAUUAAAAUUGUUAACAAAGCCAAGAGCCAAAGGUGUUAUAAUAUUUGGUUCUGACCAAGAAGUGGCCGAAGUUAUGAAAGCAGUUCGCCGGCAAAAUGUAACGGGUGUGUUCUCUUGGAUAGGAUCUGAUGGAUGGAGUGCCAGAAAUCUUGUCUCAGAUGGCAACGAAGCAGAAGUUGAGGGGACUUUAUCCGUACAACCACAAGCCAAUACCGUGUUAGGUUUUGAAGAAUAUUUUCUAAAUCUGACCGUUGAAAAUAACCCCAGGAACCCAUGGUUUGUGGAAUUUUGGGAAGACCACUUUCAAUGCAAGUACCCUAACUCACCACCCACUCCAUAUAAUAAGGAGUAUUCGAAACUUUGUUCAACGACAGAGAAACUGAUGAGGCAUACACUUGAUUUUGAAGAUCAACUGCAAUUUGUUAGUGAUGCAGUAAUGGCGUUCGGAUAUGCAUUCAAGAACAUGCAUCAAGAGCUUUGCAGCAGUAAUUCAGGAUUGUGCGAUGAUAUGAAUCCAACAAAAGGCGCAGAUUUGUUGAAAUAUCUGCGGAAAUCGGAUUUUAUUGGUCUAAGUGGUGAUAGAUUUAAUUUCGAUGUAAACGGCGAUGGGCCAGCCCGGUAUAAUAUAAUACAUUUUAAACAAAUGGAACCCGAGAAAUACAAAUGGAUCAAAGUAGGGGAAUAUUACCAAGGAGAGCUUCGUUUGAAUACCGAAGAAUUCUCAUGUGAUGUGUCGCAUGAUGUGUUUGACACAUUUCAGGAUCUGGAAUAA